UUUCCUCUUAAUUAAUUAUUACCCCUCCAUCGAACUCUGUUAAAAACCUCUCUAGGGUUUCGUCGUCUCUUCGUUCAUCUCCUUCAAUCGCCAUGGCCGCUGAACAAAACCCUAGCAACUCCUCCAACGCCGAGCAGGCCGGCGCCAAACCGCCGGCGAAGGAUCUCAAGAAGAAGAAAGACGAGAAAAAAGAGGAAGAUCUGUCGGAUGAGGAUUUGGCUUUGAGGCAGCAGUUGGAGCUGUAUGUUGAGCGAGUUCAGGAUUCGGAUCCUGGGGUUCAGAAGCUGGCUCUUGAGAGUAUGAGGCAGGAAAUCCGUACCUCAACUAGCUCAAUGACGUCUGUUCCUAAACCUCUGAAGUUCCUCCGUCCCCACUAUGGGACUCUUAAAGCAUAUUUUGAAACUAUGGCAGAAUCUGACUUAAAGAAAUACCUUGCAGACAUAUUAUCUGUGUUGGCAUUGACCAUGUCCGCUGAAGGGGAAAGGGAGAGCCUGAAAUACAGGUUACUGGGUUCUGAGGGCGAUAUUGGUUCCUGGGGUCAUGAAUAUGUGCGGAACCUUGCUGGAGAAAUUUCACAAGAGUUUGCAAAGCGUCAGUAUGAUGACAUGCCCAUAGAUGCUUUGAUGGAGCUUGUGCAACAGAUUGUUGCGUUUCACAUGAAGCAUAAUGCAGAGCCAGAAGCUGUAGAUCUUUUAAUGGAGGUUGAAGACCUUGAUUUGCUAGUUGAGCAUGUAGACAAAACAAACUACAAGAGGACUUGCUUGUAUCUUAUAAGCUCUUCUAGCUUCCUUCCCAGCCCAGAUGAUAUGUUAGCACUUGACAUAGCAUUUACAAUUUAUAUAAAGUUUGAAGACUUGGCAAGUGGCCUUCGUAUUGCGCUCUUUCUUGACAAUCUCCAGUAUGUGAAACAAGUAUUUACAUCUACUGAAGAUCUCUUGCUGAAGAAGCAAUUUUGUUAUAAUGUGGCUCGACAUGGUUUGGUGCUGGAGCUUGAUGAUGAGAUGGUUGCAGAUGAUGAUGAUAGAGAAGCACUUCAGGAUAUAGUCAACAAUGUUAAAUUGAGCGAAGGAUACCUCACCCUCGCCCGUGAUAUUGAGGUCAUGGAACCUAAAUCUCCUGAAGACAUCUAUAAGGCUCACUUGAUUGAUGGCCGUGGAAGUACAAGUUCUAGUCUAGAUUCAGCGAGACAGAAUUUGGCAGCUACUUUUGUGAAUGCAUUUGUGAAUGCAGGAUUUGGACAGGAUAAACUGAUGACUGUUCUGUCAGAAUCUUCAAGUGGAUCAUCUGGAAGUUGGUUGUUUAAAAACAAGGAACAUGGGAAGACAAGUGCAGCAGCUAGUCUGGGAAUGAUUCUUUUGUGGGAUGUUGACUCUGGGUUAGCACAAAUUGAUAAAUAUCUUCACAGUACCGAUAACCAUGUUGCGGCUGGAGCUCUGUUAGGUGUUGGAAUUGUCAACUGUGGUAUCAAGAACGACUGCGAUCCUGCACUGGCACUUUUGAUUGACUAUGUUCAUAAAGAAGAUACAGCCAUCCGGAUUGGGGCAAUUCUGGGACUUGGCAUUGCAUAUGCUGGUUCACAUAAAGAAGAGAUUAAAGUUCGGCUUACACAAAUCUUGGGAGAUCCAAAAACACCUCCUGAAGUUCUUGUUUUUUCUGCAAUCACCCUGGGAUUGGUGUAUGUUGGUUCUUGUAAUGAAGAGAUUGCUCAAACUAUUAUACUAGCUAUAAUGGAGCGUAGUGAGGCUGAGAUGGCUGAGCCCCUAAUUCGCUUGCUCCCUGUUGCCCUUGGCCUUCUAUACCUUGGAAAGCAGGAGAGUGUUGAGGCUACAGCAGAGGUUUCUAAAACAUUUAAUGAGAAGAUUAGGAAACAUUGUGAUGUUACCCUGUUAUCUAUGGCAUAUGCAGGGACUGGAAAUGUACUCAAGGUUCAAAAACUUCUAGGAUAUUGUGCUCCACAUCUCGAGAAGGGGGAGACCCAUCAAGGACCCGCUGUUCUUGGAAUAGCUCUAGUUGCCAUGGCUGAAGAACUGGGACUUGAAAUGGCUAUCCGAUCACUGGAGCACCUCUUGCAGUAUGGAGAGCAGAACAUCAGACGAGCAGUGCCUCUUGCUCUUGGCAUGCUCUGUAUAUCCAAUCCCAAGGUGAAUGUAAUGGAUACAUUAAGCAGGCUGAGUCAUGAUGCAGAUGCAGAUGUGUCUAUGGCUGCCAUCAUCUCCUUGGGUUUGAUAGGCUCCGGCACCAAUAAUGCUCGAAUUGCUGGCAUGUUGAGAAACCUUUCAAGUUACUAUUACAAAGAAGCUGGCCAUCUCUUCUGUGUAAGAAUUGCUCAAGGGCUUGUGCACAUGGAAAGGGGUUACUGAACUCUUUCCCACUAACCACUCUGACCGAUUCUUACUAUCUCCCACGGCGCUUGCUGGUUUAGUAACUGUGUUACAUGCUUGUUUGGAUAUGAAAUUUAUCGUCAUGGGGAAAUAUCAUUACAUGCUCUACAUCCUUGUGUUGGC